AGCCCAAACCAAUAAAAGUGAACACGAAAGGCUCUCGAAAGAGAGGUUUGCCUAUAUUUUCUUCCCCUUUUCAAAUCCCUAAUUACCCAAAUUUGAAAUCUUUUAGUUCUUAAAUUUCGAAAAAGAAAAGAGGUUGGAUUUAGUUUUAAGAAUAAAUAUAAGCCUCCAAAUCUAAUCGGAAGUCACUUUGUUGAAGUAGCUGAGGUUUCAACAUGCCAAAGAGAAGAGAGCGUUCGUUGUCUUUUGAUGGGUAUCAGAGAUCUCCCUUUCCAUAUAGCUCCAGCUGUAGUCAUCGAUUUUCACCGAAACUCUCUUCAGAAAUCAAGGAAAAUCUAAAGGAAUGGGAAGAAGCCAGGUGCCCUGUUUGUAUGGAGCAUCCACAUAAUGCGAUUCUCCUCAUAUGUUCUUCCCAUGAGAAGGGUUGCCGUCCAUACAUGUGCGAUACAAGUUAUCGCCACUCUAACUGUUUCGAUCAGUUUCGCAAGUCAUUUAUGGAUGCCUCAGCAACAACACCACCAGAUCCUCAACUAGAAGAAGCUCAGCUUGUAACUAGAACUGUAUCACCAACGGCGGCUGCAACUCUAGAAUUAACUAUCACUGAUUUGCCGGAACAAAGAACCGAGGAAGGGCCCUCCACCCCAUCUAUUGUCUCACUUGAGAACCCAGUGCUGUCAAAAUUAGUGUGUCCUCUAUGUCGUGGUCAGAUAAAAGAUUGGGUCGUUGUAGAGCGAGCUCGCCAAGUCAUGAAUGCUAAACCUAGAAGCUGUUCUUCUGAAACAUGCAAUUUCGCUGGUGCUUAUAAAGACCUAAGGAAGCAUGCAAGACUCGAGCACCCUGCUGUGCGCCCAUCAGAGGCUGACCCUGAGCGACAACGAAAUUGGAGGAGGUUGGAACGCCAGAGAGACCUCGGGGACUUGCUUAGCACACUGCAAUCUUCAUUUGGGGAGGAAAGGGCUGAUGAUUACAACAGCUUGUCAAUCGACGAUGGAAGUUUACUUACCGUCUUUUUCCUCAUUCGAGCAUUUGGACCAGGGUCUAGCUGGUCCGGCACAUCAAGGACGAGAGCUCAAUCAAGUAUUAGGAGGAGAUCGACAAGACACUGGGGAGAAAGCUAUGAUGGGGAAACUGGAUCCAUUGGAGAUGAGGACAAUGAUGAGUCUUCUUCAGAUGGUGGUUCGUUUUCUUGGCGGCGGCGGCGUGUAAGGAGACGGACAACUCCUGACAAUCAACAAUGACUACCAUUCCUUGCAGUGGCGUCAUGUAAGGCGACAGUGGUUUGAUUUCUUGGCAGCGCCAUGUAAGGGAUCCUUUUUGUCGUCCAAACAUCGGAGUUUCAAUCGCAAAGUGUUUUCCAUGUUCAUAUUAAUCUACAUCUUGUAGUUGUUUGCUUUGUUCGUCUUCAUGGCUGUAAUAAUUUGUUUCUCAUUCAACAGCAGUUGAGGGAUAAUUGUUUCUAGUUCAUUUGAGAACUGUUAUGAUAUUCACGUAAAGAUUUUCAUUGAAAUGAAGUGUUGAUUGACAUCA